GGAGGCGGGGUCCUCGGAAUGAGGCGCGGAGCUGUUCGCUGCUCCAGGUGCUGAGUCCGGACGCGAGAGCCGCUGUCACCACCACCGCCGCCGCUGCAGUUACCGCCGGGAAGCCGGGGCCGGGAGAAGCCCGGAGGAGCUGGGCGCGCUGCAAGGCGCUGACCGCCCUCCCGCCUCUCUGAGGUUCUGACUGCAGUGCGACCACUGUGCAGCAGGAAGAUCAAGGUCGUGGACCCUCAGGUGGCCCAGUAUGGCCCACUGAGGUGAACCAUGACCGACUGGCCACUGCUCAUCACUGACCACCCUGAGUCGCAUCUCACCCAGAGGUGACCCUCCUCCAGCGGCCCCUGCCCGCCCCCACCCAGGACCGUGCCCACCCCGCCACGGACACCAUGUAGAGGGGCCGCCGCGGCGCCCAGGGAGCUGCGAUGGUUUUGUACACGACCCCCUUUCCUCACAGCUGUUUGUCCGCCCUGCACGCUGUGUCCUGGGCCCUCAUCUUCCCAUGCGUCUGGCUGGUGGACCGGCUCCUGGCCUCCUUCAAGCCCACCACCUACGAGAAGCGCCAGCGGGCGGACGACCCGUGCUACCUCCAGCUCCUCUGCACCGUGCUCUUUACGCCCGUCUACCUGGCCCUCCUGGUGGCCUCACUGCCCUUUGCCUUCCUGGGCUUCCUCUUCUGGUACCCGCUGCAGUCGGCCCGCCGGCCCUACAUCUACUCCCGGCUCGAGGACAAGGGUCCCGGCGGCGGGGCGGCCCUGCUCAGUGAAUGGAAGGGGACAGGCCCCGGCAGGAGCUUCUGCUUCGCCACCGCCAACCUCUGCCUCCUGCCCGACUCCCUGGCCCGGUACAACAACCUGUUUAACACACAGGCGCGGGCCCGCGAGAUUGGGCAGAGGAUCCGCAACGGCGCCAGCCGGCCUCAGAUCAAGAUCUACAUCGACUCGCCCACCAACACCUCCAUCAGCGCGGCCAGCUUCAGCAGCCUGGUGUCCCCUCAGGGCGGCGACGCAGUGACCCGCGCCGUCCCUGGGAGCAUUAAGAGGACGGCCUCGGUGGAGUACAAGGGCGAAGGCGGGAGGCACCCCAACGAAGAGGCUGCCAAUGGCCUGGCCUCAGGGGACACGAUCGAUGGGGGCAGCCUGGAGGACGCCUGCAUCGUGCGCAUCGGCAGCAGCGGCGGCGGCGAGGAAGGGGGCCGGGCCCCGGAAGCCGAGGACCCCCCCAUGGGGGUCCAGGCCAGGAACGGCACCGGCGGGGGCCCUCGAGGCCAGACGCCCAACCACAGCCAGCGGGACGGGGACUCGGGGAGCCUCGUGGGCAGCCCCUCGGCCUCCCGGGAGUCCCUGGUGAAGGCGCGGGACGGCGAGGACCCCGGAGCCACCAACAGCAAGCCUCCCACCAAGGCCUCGGUGGCGAAGAAGGCGGCCGCACGCCGGCGGCGACACCCCGACGAGGCCUUCGACCACGAGGUCUCCGCCUUCUUCCCCGCCAACCUGGACUUCCUGUGCCUGCAGGAGGUGUUCGACAAGCGCGCGGCCGCCAAGUUGAAAGAUCGGCUGCACGGCUACUUCGAGCACGUCCUGUACGACGUGGGCAUCUACGGCUGCCACGGCUGCUGCAGCUUCAAGUUCCUCAACAGCGGCCUCUUCUUCGCCAGCCGCUACCCCAUCAUGGACGUGGCCUAUCACUGUUACCCCAACGGGAGAGGCACCGACGGGCUGGCCUCCAAGGGAGCGCUGUUUCUCAAGGUGCAGGUGGGAAGCACAGCUCAGGACCAAAGAAUCGUCGGGUACAUCACCUGCACGCACCUGCACGCCCUGCCAGAGGACAGCGCCAUCCGCUGCGAGCAGCUGGACAUGCUUCAGGACUGGCUGGCUGAUUUCCGAAAAUCUACCUCCUCGUCCAGCACAGCCAACCCCGAGGAGCUGGUGGCGUUCGACGUCAUCUGCGGAGACCUGAAUUUCGACAACUGCUCGUCGGAUGACAAGCUGGAGCAGCAACACUCCCUGUUUACACGCUACAAGGACCCCUGCCGCCUGGGGCCUGGGGAGGAGAAGCCCUGGGCCAUUGGCACCCUGUUGGACCAGGAUGGCCUCUACGACGAGGAUGUGGCCACCCCUGACAAUCUGCAAAAGGUUCUGGAGAGCGAGGAGGGUCGCCGGGAAUACCUGGCCUUCCCCAGCAGCAAAAGCCCAGGGGGGUGCCAGAAGGGGCGCAAGGACCUGCUGAAGGGCAACGGCCGGCGCAUCGACUACCUGCUGCACGCCGAGGAGGGGCUGGGCCCCGACUGCAAGGCCGAUGUGGAAGAGUUCAUCUUUGUCACCCAGCUGGCGGGCCUGACUGACCACAUCCCGGUGGCCAUGCGACUGAUGGUGUCUUCGGGAGAGGAGGAGGCUUAGAGUGGCCCCGUCACCAGGAGCAGCGGGCUCCGCCGGCUCUCGGAGCUUCGAGGGGGGCCCUGCCUCGGGCCCCCUCCUCUCGACAGCAGCACCUCCCGGUGCCGGGGGAGCCACGGCCCGUGCCCACGCGCUGGAUGCCCUGCACCUCUGUGCUCCGGCCUCGGCCCGGUGGAGCCAGGCCCGCCCGGGGCCCCGCUGCCCAACCAGUGCCAUUCUUCGACCACGAGAUUUUCUACGAUUCUACAGCACAACCUAGUUUGUACGCAGUGGGUCAGUGUGGGAACCGGGGUUCCGGACUCUGUAUCUCCUCAAGCUUCGUCCAGGGUUCAUUGUCCUCGUCUGCUGCCAUGUUGUCUCGCAUGCCCGCACCCUCGCAUGCACGCAGUCCGCAUGCCACGUGCCACGCCGUAGCCACAGACCCCUCACUCGGGCCUCACCCAAGGCCGAACUCCAAACACAAUCAGAACCAGCCAAAGAAGCACUUCCCGGGCACAGGGCUGCCAGCCAGCCCCCG